AUGUCCUCGAAUGCGACCCGCGCAGCCCCCGCAGACACCGACCACCGCCUACCUGCCAGCAGCUGGCUCUCGACCGCGCCCGCGCCCACGCGUUCGUCCCCGCCCACGCUCUCGUCCCCGCCCACGCUCCGGGCUGUGCAAAACACCAGCUCUGCACACACUUGCUCCCCCUGCCGGCUGGAGGGAGCGUUGGGAGCACCAUUUUUGUUGGAGGACCCAGCGAACCAGUUCCUACAUCUCAAAAGACACAUGUAUUUGCAGGAUUACUGGGACCCAAAUCAGAAUCCGAAUAUGUGGGGCAACAUGCUGGCUGAUCAGGUUCGUGAAACAUGGACUGCUUUGAAAACAACAGCACAGUAUUAUCUGAAUGUGAACGCCUUCACUUCUGACACGUCCCCUGCCCGGUAA